AUGCCUCAAUCAUCUUAUACGGAGGACGAUGUUAUCCAGGCCAUACUAGAUGUCACAGAAAAUGGCCUCUCCCAGAACCAGGCCGCCCAGAAGAACGGCGUGCCUCCGACCACUCUCUCUGACCGAUUAAGAGGCCUACCGUCAAAAUCCGAGGUCACCCAGCCUGCUCAGCUGCUAUCCAAGUUGGAGGAGUCCAUAUUGGUUACCUGGAUACUUCGACAAGAGGCCUUAGGCUAUGCUCCUUCUCACAGUCAAGUUCGCGCCACCGUUGCUGCCCUCUUAAGACAGCAAGGACGGGAAAGGCCUAUCAGUAUACACUGGCUAGCUAGGUUCAUUAAACGCCAUGAAGAUAUCAAGACAAAGAUCAAACCGGAGAACACGGUUAAUAUUAACGAGGGCGGUAUCAUGGCUGGAUUUGGCUUAGAUUCCUUGGUCAUUGGCAGUAGCAAUCCUAGGAGGAAGGCCUUCCUCAAGGGCUCUCAGUCCCGCACUUGGACUACCUUUAUCGAAGCCGUCACCGCAGAUGGUCGUCUUCUGAAGCCGGGGAUUAUCUUCAAAGAUGGCCAUGGAAGCCAUGUAUCUGAUGAGUGGAUGGCUACGUGCUUUUUGAACAACGUAUAUUGCUGUUACCUGCCUGCACACUGCUCUCAUGGGCUGCAGCCGCUGGAUAAUGGCGUCUUCAAUGUAUCCAAGGCUGCCUACCGAAAAGAACUGCAGAAACUUGCCAGCCUGACCGAUUCUGCGCCGGUAGACAAGGUCAACUUUAUCAAGGCCUAUGCCAAGGCCAGGGAAGUGGGUAUGACGAAGAAAAAUAUACUCUCAGGCUGGAGAGUGACUGGAAACUGGCCGAUUUCACGGCGGAAAGCGCUCAUACAUCCUGAGAUUCAGCCGGACAAGAAGGAAGCGACGCCCGGGUCGGACGGCCACCGAGACAGGCAAGUCGACUCUGAUAAUACGCCAAAGACCAGCCGCCACAUCCGAGAUAUGGGGAAGAACAAGAGCCCGUCAACAAGAAGGCGCUAUUCUGUGAUAUCGAAAGGGUUUGAAGCUCAAGAGUCAAAGAUCGCCUCUCUGAGCACCAGAAUAGCCAGUCUGGAGGAGGAAGUUGGCCGGUUGAGCAGAGGCAAGAAGAGGAAGGCGAUACCGAAUCCCAAUAAAAGAUUCAUGACAUUGGCAGAAGCUCUGGUAACUGGUGAGACUAUUUCCAAGGCAAACAAAGCAAUUGAAGAGGCUGAUGCUGUUGAGGAUGUGAUCGAGGUGGGAAGGAUGGAAGAAGUUGAGAGUUCAAAUUCGGAGGAGGAAGAAUUAGGUGUGAAAGCCUGCCAGUCCCUCCUGGAACGGUUCCUUCAACAACGUGAGCCACCGGAAUGGGAUGUCCAGUCUGUAGAUGAAGAUGAAGCUGAGGACACGGAGGAAACAGUGGAAGAAGACAGCUCUUCUUCAGAAGAGUAUGAUGACGAUGACUUGGGAGAUGUUGGCCUGAAUGAUUUGGGGUUCAAGGUUCCGAUCAACUACACCAACUACACUUUUCGACCCAGAGUAGUGUAAUUGUAAAUUAUGUAAGCAACUGUCCGGUGUAGUGGGUGUAGUGUGCUACACCAGCGCCUUUGGUGGAUGUAGUUGACGGUUGGUUUGUCGUACACUUUGCUCACGUGACUUGCGCUCUUGAUCAUGGAUGGUACUUGCCCAGCCUACUACCCCUCACUCUCUCCCUCGUCGCCCUGAGCCCUCAGCCAUGCCGUUGCUUGUUCUGCUAACUCGCCAUCACUCAUCCCAAGACCCUCAUAAAUCUGCUCUUCCUCGCGCCACGAGAUCAACAUCGGAUCCAGUUCCUUGACGAUCCCAGCCCUAUACCAUGACCGCGAUACCUAACAGAUGGAGAUAAUUUGGGCAUCUAGAAGGCUUCGCGACGGCACCGCCAUUCUUCCGGCAGCUGAAAAGAGCCUCUCGCACUCUGCAGACAUUGGCUGAAUGGUCAAAAAGUCCAACGCCAUCCGCGAAAGUCGAGGGUAUUUCAACCUCCUUUCAUGCCAGUACGUAAUAGGAUCGCGAACUCUCCUAUCACUCGCUUCGCGGCUACCUUGCCAUGUCUCGUAUUCAUCACCUUUGACUGCUUCAUCGUCUGAAGAGUCGUAUCUUGCCGGCAUAUGACGACUGUUGGCCUCGAAUGGGCUGAAGAACUUGCGUCUUUUUGCUGGACGUUGGUCGUCUGACUCGUCUGCUUGAGAGAGGAUAUCGGAAUUCGCGUACUCGGUCCUCCAAACUCGGUAAACCAUCUCCUUAGCCUUGUCGACCCAUUCUGGAUGGGUGUCCCAAGUGUGCUCGAAAUACGCCCACUUGUAUGCAGGAUGGAGAGCAAGAGCGGCAUAGUAGAUGGGUGUUUCAUCUAGAGCUGAAUAAUACUUUUCAAGCUUGUCCCAGGCGAGAUUAAUCCCGAUCCUGAACUGUUCGGCGUCGGGAAAGCCUGCUGCAAGCAAUUUGUAUUGCUCUAGUUUCGAGAGGAGCUCUUCGAAACCUAGAAUCACAUCCCAUAUGUUACCAUAUGAGCCCAGAAACCCUCGCCUUCUCUUUCUGACUUGUCCGUCACCCUCCAGAGUCCUCACUACAUUCUCAUAAUGCGUCAAUAUCUCCUCCAGGCACCGGAGGGCUUCCCAGUCGCUGUCCGUUAGCUUGUUCUCCUCCUCGCAGAUACGUGGCAGUUUUGCGGACUUCCUGACCUGACCCGUCCUCUUCGACCUAUUCUCAUCUUCCCACUCCUGUUUGUACUUUACCACCAGCAAGAUAAGAUAUGGCCGAAUUUUGAGUGCCCUACGGAUCAUGUACAGUUGGGAAAGCCAGCGGGUAUUAUUGUCUCGCACCACAAUCUCGCAGCAAGUACAUCAAUCUGUUGGACCGAAAGAUGUCAUAGACAAGGUUAUGAAGCUUCCCAACGGGGCCCUUGCUCCUCCAUGAUUCCCAGUCUGCUUCCGGCAGGGCCGACGCGCCGGAGAGUUGCUCUUCGAAAGCGCUUGCGUUCUUGCCAAAGAGCAACGCCUUUGCUGACAAGUUGACCGUGUGACCGAAACAGCGGCCUCGGCGAGACGCACCAGUGAAGCCUAGUUCACGACCAAUGGCCCCCAUCGCUGUAUCAUUAUUCUCUGCGUUGUCAAGCGUGAAAUAUCCUAUUUUCUCGGUAAUCUGGUAGGCUGUCAAGAUAUCAAGGACUUGAGCUGCAAUAUUCGAUCCACUGUGGCGUACGGAAACCUCGGGCACACCCAGCACAAACUUACGGGGCUUAUUGUGCUCAUCCCUGAAGAAGCAAGCGAUUCCGUACAAGGUAUGCCGGUUUCCCGACGUCCAGCCAUCGAAAGAGAUGUGAAUCAGGCCGGGAGAUUGUCGAAGGACGUCGAUAACGGUGUGGCGGUGUCGUUGAUACUCAGUGAUAAUCCUGGUCCUGAGGGUAUCUGCAGAUAAGUGGCCACCACGUAUUGACACUGAUGGACUAAGAUAAUCGAAUAUGGCUCGGAGAUCCUCGUCUUCGACCGUGAGAAAGGAAAGAUUACUCUUAACGAUCCAUUGCAUCACCAUCCGUUGAAAAUGGUCCCUGUCAAAGUUCUUGACGAAGGAGUUCGCCAUGGCCUGCUCCCGCGGCUUUUCCGGAUCGAGCGUCAAGGUAUCAGCUAUUGAGCGGUGCUGCUUCUCGGCGCUUUCCGCUUUCAACUGCGUCGAAGACUUCGUCUUGCCCUCUGGCGCCCGAAUAUGAUGUUCUUUGAACAGAUGUUUGCUGGCAUUUUGAAGACCAGUAUGUGUGAAGUUCUUCGGCUGGGGGACUCGUUGGUGAAUGCAGAGUUUGCAUACCCAUCUUCGCUCAUGAGCCCGCUGGAUAUCAUACCCGUAGUCCCAAGUCCACGAGGAGGUGUCCUUUGCGCGCUCGGAGAAGAGCCAGCCGCGGAAAUGACGAAACAGACGUUCUUCCUGUAGCUGUUGGGCAUCAGCUAGUAACGUUGAUGGUGAAAGAAUUGGUGGAGAGGUCUCAACGACUUUGUCUUCUAAAGGAUCGGUCAUUACGGGAGGUGUGAAUGUGUCAAACAGAUCGAUGAAAAUUUGGACCUGUACGGGAAAUUACCCCAGGAUAUCCUCUAUAACUACUGGGGGCCCGAAAAUAAGUUAGGAAAUACUAAAGUCUGUGUGGCUCUGCCCUCACAAAAGACAGUACCUCCUAACAGGGUGGAUCCAGAUAUCCAAAACUGGAUACCCUGUCCCACUAAAAAUCCACCGCUGCAAAAAUCCACUACACCUAUGUAUGUAUGUAUGUAUAUUU